AAAUCAUCUCAGUCUAAAUAGCUUUGUUAUGGCUUAGUGUAGUUUUCGAUUGCAUAUGUAUUUCUACUAUUUCGGUAUUUGUAUUUAUUCCAUUACACUUGCCGUAGCUCGCUAAAUACUCGGCUCUUUGAGCUCGGGCGCUAGAGCGCAACAAAUACCAAGUAAAGAAAUUUAUUUUGUACCGGAAAUCAAACGAUAGGGCAAAUAAAGUGCCAUGGAAAUCCAACAACUGGAAAUUCUGUGCAAGCAGUUGUAUGAAGCAACAGAUGCAAGCGUCCGUGCGGAUGCGGAAAAGAGACUUAUCACAUUUGUCAAUAGCCAGGACGCCCUUCCCAAGUGUCAGUUACUGCUGGACCGAGCUGAUUCAAGCUACGCCCAGCUACUUGCCGCAUCUACCCUCACAAAGCUGAUACAGGGGAUAACUCUUGGGCAGCGCAUUGAUAUUCGCAGCUAUGCUCUUAAUUACUUGGCAACCAUGCUUAAUUUGCAGCACUUCGUAGUGCAGGCACUUGUUACGCUUCUUGCUAAAAUCACAAAAUACGGUUGGUUUGAUUCAUACAAGGGCGAACUUGUCUUUCAGAACUUACUUGAGGAUGUCAAAAAAUUCUUACAGGGAUCCGUUGAGCAUUGCACUAUUGGCGUACAAAUCCUCUCACAGUUGGUGUCAGAAAUGAAUUCAAUCGUGGAAUUAGAUGCACAUUUAUCGUUUUCAAAAAACCGAAAAAUAGCUACAUCUUACCGAGAUCAGCAGCUGUAUGAUACUUUUUUACUAUCUUGCUCUCUUUUGAUAAAUGCGCGCGACAAUGCAAAGAACUUGAACUUUUUGGACGAGUCGCAACAAGCGUUAAUAUCCCAAGUCUUGCGGCUAACGAAGAACUGUCUAAGCUUUGACUUUAUUGGCAGCUCAACAGAUGAGUCGGCCGAUGAUAUGAAUAAUGUUCAGAUACCAACAGCUUGGCGUCCUGCAUUUCUUGACUCAAACACAUUGAAAUUAUUUUUCGAUUUAUAUCAAAUUCUGCCGAAUGGAUUGGCGAGUUACUCAUUGUCGUGCUUAGUACAAAUGACAUCUGUGCGUCGAUCACUGUUCAGUAACUCUGAGCGAACAAAGUUCCUGACCAACUUAGUGGAAGGUGUGAAAAACAUACUCACCAACUUGCAUGGUCUUAGCGAUCCAGAUAAUUACCAUGAGUUCUGUCGUUUGCUAGCGCGCCUGAAGUCCAAUUAUCAACUGGGCGAACUCAUAGCCGUUCCCUGUUACCCUGAAGCCAUUGAACUAAUAGCAAAGUUUACUGUGCAAUCGUUACAUAUGUGGCUCUUUGCUCCAAAUAGUGUGCAUUAUUUACUUACCCUUUGGCAGCGUAUGGUUGCUUCAGUACCAUAUGUUAAAUCACCGGAUCCGCAUUUACUUGGCACAUAUACACCUGAAGUGAUAAAGGCGUAUAUCGAAUCCCGCUUGGAUGCAGUGCCUUUAAUUGUUCGUGAUAAUAUGGAGGAUCCAUUAGAUGAUCUUUGUAUGGUUCAGCAGCAACUUGAACAGCUAUCUGUAAUCGAGCGUUGCGAGUACAACAAAACUUGCAACCUUCUGGUGCAGCAUUUUGAUCAAAAGGCGCGUGAGUACGAAAACCUCGUACAGACACUCAACGCAAACCCAAUAGAUGUAACUGUCCAUGAGCUGCAAUUGACUUGGUUGGUUUACAUGAUUGGAUCGGCGAUUGUGGGUCGACUUUCUGUAACAACCAGCGACGAACAUGACAAUAUGGAUGCAGAACUUGUAAUUCGUGUACUGCAACUGAUGAGUUUAACCGAUUCACGCCUACCUCAGACCGGUUGUGAGAAGCUGGAAUUGGCCAUUUUGAGCUUUUUAGAUCAGGUUCGAAAGAUGCAUAGCAGUGACCAGGCACAAAAGGCAACUGUCUAUAAGCGCCUUAGUGAAGUUUUUGGUCUAAAUGAUGAGCAAAUGCUGCUAAGUUUCAUUAAUCGUAAAAUUAUAACCAACCUUAAGUUCUGGGGCCGUUCUGAGCAAAUAAUUACAAAAACUUUAAUGUUACUAUCCGACCUCUCUGUCCACUUCAAUUCAGUGCGGAAAUUGGCACGCUUAGAGGAAGUUCAGUUCAUGUUAACACAUCACACAAGCGAACAUUUUCCUUUUCUUGGCACAAGCUCAUCUCUAAACGAAAUGCGUUGUCGCACCAUGUUUUACACUUCGCUUAGUCGCUUAUUAAUGUUUGAUUUGGGAGAGGAUGAAGAGCGUUUCUACAAUUUUUUGACACCACUAACAAAUCAGUUUGAAUCACUUGGAAAUGUGCUAAUGGACACAAAGUGUUUUCCUAAUGACGAAGUGAAGAAGACGAUUAUUGGCUUAGCUCGAGACUUGCGUGGGCUGGCAUUACCCCUUAACGCUCGUCUUCAGUAUACUAUGCUUUUCGAAUGGCUUUACUACACUGAUUAUUUACCCAUACUGCUUCGUGCGGUAGAACUGUGGGCUCACGAACCUGCCAUUACUACGCCCGUGCUAAAGCUGUUUGCUGAGUUAGUGCAUUGCCGUACACAGCGUUUAGCUGGCAACGUGUCUAGUCCAAUGGGUAUUUUGUUGUUUCGCGAGGCAUCAAAACUGAUUUGCAUUUAUGGCAAUCGUAUUCUGCAUCUAGAGGUAUCGGAUGAUCAACUAUAUCCAAUGAAAUUAAAGGGAAUAUCCAUUUGCUUUCUGAUAUUGAAAAAUGCACUUGGUGGAAACUAUGUCAACUGUGGGGUCUUUAAACUAUACGGUGAUGAUACAUUACACAACGUUCUUGACAUCAUGGCCAAACUUAUUCUUUCUAUACGACAAAGUGAUUUAUUGGAAUACCCAAAAUUGGCCUCGGCUUAUUACAAUUUAUUAAACUGUCUAUCUCAAGAUCAUGUUACAUACCUUGUCGCUUUAGAGCCACGAGCGUUUGUCUACAUUUUGGAAAGUCUGACAAAGGGCCUUGCCGCACUAGAUUCGGCAAUUUACAUCAGCUGUUGCACGAUAUUGGAUAGUAUUGUCUCAUACAUCUUUAAGCAGCUUCAAUUAAAAGUUUCAACAUUCCCUAAUAAGAAGCUGAGAAGUUUGACACGAGAGAAUUCACAAUUUCUGAAGGUAGUGGAAUUGAAUUCCGAACUGCUACAGAACAUGAUGUCCUCUUUGUUAAAUAAUGUACUUGCUGAGGACUGUCGGAACCAAUGGUCCAUGUCCCGUCCGUUAUUGGUACUUAUACUUCUCUAUGAAGACUAUUAUCGAUCACUAAAAGAAAGCAUUAUUCGUGGACAACCAGUUGAAAAACAGCAGACAAUGGCUCAGUGGUUCGAAGAUCUGAUGCUAGGAAUAGAACGGAAUGUAUCCAGUAAAAAUAAGGAAAAGUUUACACAAAAUCUUUCGACUUUUCGCCGUGAUGUAGUGAACCUACCAAAGUCGACCACGUAUUCAACAGAAAAUUCGUACCAGGUGUUUACGGAAUCGAAUUACUCCAUAUCGGUAUAAAUGUCGGAACAUUUUACUUUCUUUUACUGGUGUUACCUGUCAACAAGCUGUCAUAACACAAUUUACGUUAGAAUAAUGUAUUAUAUAUUUCAUAUCUAAAAAGUUACAAUGAAUAUAUAAUUAUAAAACCAAAUGAUUUUUAUUAAGACAAAUAACACAGUUCAACUAUUUUCUGUCCACUUUACAUUUUGAAAUUUGUAAACGGUACGUUUUUUAAAAAAAAGAAAGAAAAAAGAGACAAAUUAGUUUUUUAGUAUAUUUUCAAAAGUAAUAAUCACAUAUUUAUCAAUACUAUAUCUAUCUGAGCAAGAUGAGUAAGCGUUAGCCAAUUAAUGUACCUGCAGCGUCUUCGCGUAAAUAAAAUGGUACCAUUAUUAAUAUGAUUUAAUAAUAAAUAUCGUAAAAUGUUUUUAUACA